AUGCCCCAGUGGGGAGGAGGAGGGAAACGAAACGGGAGGAGCAAGAAAUGGAAGGAGAUGCUCAAACUGCCUCAUAUCAGCCUCUGUGAGGAACUUAGACGCACUGUUGAGAGGGAUUACACUAGCCUUUGUGAGAAGCAACCAAUUGGUCGUCAGUUGUUUCGGCGGUUCUGUGACACGCAGCCCAAAUUACGGCGGUGCAUAGAGUUCCAGGAUGCUGUGGCAAUGUAUCAGGUGGCUCCGGAUGAGAAGAGGAGAGACGUCGGUUUAAAUAUUUUAGACACAUAUUUUAAUAAUGGGUCGGCAGCUCAUCUACCAGAGAUCGCUCAGGAUGUGGUUGGGGAUUGCAGGCAGAAACUAGAACAUAGUCCCUGUAAAGAGCUGUUCCAGGAGUGUACCAGGAUAGUUCGUGAAUAUUUAAGUGGAGAGCCAUUCUCAGCAUAUCAGGAGGCGAUGUACUUUUCCCGUUUUCUUCAGUGGAAGUGGUUGGAGAGGCAACCAGUUACCAAAAACACGUUUAGACACUACAGGGUAUUGGGCAAGGGCGGAUUUGGUGAGGUUUGUGCCUGCCAGGUUCGUGCCACUGGUAAGAUGUACGCCUGUAAAAAGCUGGAGAAGAAACGGGUGAAGAAAAGAAAAGGUGAAGCAAUGGCAUUAAAUGAAAAACGCAUUUUAGAAAAAGUUAACAGUAGUUUUGUAGUUAGUUUGGCAUAUGCAUAUGAGACUAAGGACGCUCUAUGUUUGGUGUUGACUAUAAUGAACGGUGGUGACCUGAAGUUUCAUAUCUAUAACAUGGGGAACUCCGGCUUUGAUGAACAGCGUGCCAUCUUUUAUGCAGCAGAGAUCUGCUGUGGCUUCGAGGACCUUCAUCGAGAGAGGAUCAUCUACAGAGACUUGAAGCCUGAGAAUAUUCUCCUUGAUGACCGUGGGCACAUCCGUAUUUCUGAUCUGGGACUGGCCGUCCAAAUUCCAGAGAGUGAGACGAUACGAGGGCGCGUUGGCACGGUGGGAUACAUGGCACCGGAGGUCAUUCAGAAUGAGAGCUACACCUUCAGUCCCGACUGGUGGGGUUUGGGCUGCCUGAUAUACGAAAUGAUUCAGGGUCAGUCUCCUUUCCGUCGCCGCAAAGAGCGUGUGAAGCGAGAGGAGGUGGACCGCCGUGUAUGCGAGGACCAGGAGGAAUACACUGAGAAGUUCUCUGAAGAUGCUAAAGACAUCUGCCGACAGUUGUUAUGUAAAGAUCCAAAGGAGCGUUUGGGGUGUCGAGGUUGUGGAGCGGCUGAAGUCAAACCGCAUCCUAUUUUCCGAAACAUCAACUUCAAGCGAUUGGAGGCCAACAUGCUAGACCCGCCGUUCUGUCCUGAUCCACGUGCUGUGUAUUGCAAGGAUGUUCUGGACAUAGAGCAGUUUUCUACAGUCAAAGGUGUAAACCUGGACCCUACAGACGAUGACUUCUACCACAAGUUUGUAACAGGAAGUGUCUCCAUCCCAUGGCAAAAUGAGAUGAUUGAGAUGGAGUGCUUUAAAGAGAUUAAUGUGUUCGAGAUGGAUGGAGCACUGAGUUCUGAUCUGGAUGUGAACAGGCCAAAUCCAGCGCCCAAGCGAGGAUUCUUCUACCGUUUAUUCCACCGAGAGGCAAGUGCUAGCGUGCCGCCCGCCGCGGUCAGAGGGGGUGGGGCUUGAGG